UGUUAGUUUUUUGAUUACGUUUGGAUUGUUAAUAUUUGUAUUUUAUCAUAGUUUUUAUUUUUAUUACACCUUCACUAAGUUUUUGUGCUUCCUCCCGAACUGUACCCAUGUUGUUUUACUUGACACUUGUUCUUGGCGGCCGCCAUAUUGAUUUGCUCCUCCUUUUGUGUGUGAUCUAUCCAGUCAGGAUAGAAUAGAGUUUAUUUGUUGUGACUGUUUAGAUUUGAUUGAUUGAACAAUUAUUGGUUGAGUAGCCGGGUGGUAAUAUUUGUUUAGAACCGCUAUUUACCCGAUUACUUGUUUUGAUUUUGACGGGCAAGGGCGCGUGUCUGACGUACCUGGACGGCUAUUCAUCUAUCCAAACCGUAGUUUGGAUUCUACAGUUCUAAACAAAUAUUAAUUGGUCGAAGUCGUUUGGCAAUCGUUCGCGGAUUCCGAUUAUCGUUUCUGGAAAUAUCUGGUCAUUUCGCUUAUGAUGCCAACUAAUCGUCGAAGGAAAUCAAACUCAAAGUUCGUUGAUGUUAAUGAAGAAUCCCUUAUUAUCAAGCAAGUACCUUUUGAUGUCCUUAAGUGUCAUGGUUCAGACUCGAAUAGGGUUGAUUAUCAUGGAAGUGACUCUAGUCUUAAUUCGAUGACAGAUGACGUGAAAAAUCUUAGUUUAAAGGAGAAGCAAGGGCAUGAAUUAACAGGAAAGAGCGUUUUGCCCAUAACGCCUGUUGUUGGUCUAGAACUACCAAAGGUUGAAUUGAGUUAUUUCGAUGGUCAGGCAAGAGGGUAUUGGAAGUUUAUAAGGCAAUUCGAGACCUAUGUAGCAUCAAGAGUCACUGAUGAUAGCCAACGUUUACUCUAUUUAAUUCACUACUGUAAGGGCAAGGCGAAAGCAGCUAUUGAGGGUUGUGUCAUGAUGGAAGCAUCUUCGGGUUAUAAGAGAGCAAGGGAAAUCUUAAAACGUUUGUUCGGACAGUCUCAUGUAAUCGCUCGGGAAACAUUAGAAGACUUAUUCAAUGCUGUAGAUGUUGACUAUACUGACGCGGAGGAAUUAUCGAACUUGGCUAUUAAAAUGGAAAACUGUGCUAUGGUCUUGGAACAGAUGAAUUAUACCUCUGAUCUAAAUUCUUUAGUUACUUUGGAAAGAAUAGUGAGACUCUUACCCCAACCUAUGCAAGCCCAAUGGGCGGACUGGGUGGAUAAAUUGACAGAAGAUGACAGAGAGCCGACGUUUCACGAACUCACUCAGUUUAUCGCUUCGCGUGCGAGAGUAGCUUGUAGUAGAUUUGGACGGUUAGCGAAUCGUUCAAGAAAAGGACCAAACGUAAAGACGAACUGUCACGUGCAAUCAGAGCAGGGGAAUAGUUUGACAGCGAAAACUAAAUGCAGUAUGUGUUCCUACGACCAUGCUAUUUAUAAGUGUCCACAGUUUUUAGCGCUUACAGUUCAAGAACGAUGGUCCCAUGCUAAAAGCAAGGGUAUCUGUUUUGUCUGUCUUCGACAAGGACAUAAAGUCAAUGAAUGCAAGAUGUCAAGGCUCUGUAACGUUGACAGUUGUGAAAAGAAACAUCACGCUCUGCUGCACACUAACACGGCAAGCAACGAUGUAAAUAAGUCUGAAACCCAGAAUUGCUGUGGAUUUACUAAAUCUUUAAGUAGCCAAGUGUGCUUAGGAAUGAUUCCCGUACGGUUGGUGGCGGGAAAUGCCGAAAUGGUGGGUUAUGCCUUGUUGGAUAACGGGUCUGAUGUGACAUUGUUAAAAUCGAGCUGUUUGAGGCAUCUCGGACUGAAGGAAGACCGAGCGUCAGUGGUAGUAGGGACUGUGAGUGGUAAUAGGACGAUGACGGCCACAAGAACUCCUUUCGAGGUAUAUUCUUUAGAUCGAUCUGAACAUGUUACGAUUGAAGGAGCUCUGAUUGUAGCACGUAUACCAGGUCAUAAGCCAACAAAGUCAGCAAUGAACAACCUAGUUAAGUGGCCGCAUUUAAGUGAUGUACCAAUAGAUAGCCUAGACUCUGAAGAAGUUUUACUGUUGAUUGGUUGCGACAUACCAGAAGCACACUGGGUGUUAGAUCAGCGGUUGGGUGGAAGAAAAAACCCGUACGCUGUGAAGACGUUGCUGGGGUGGACGGUCUUUGGACCUGCAUCGUAUCCGGAAUAUAGGAAAAGAAUUGUUAAUCAUACCAGUAAGAUACAGACAUUAGAGAACGAGAUACGUAAGUUUUAUGACUCAGAGUUUUCCGACGCUUAUUCAAAUGAUAAAUCAUUAUCAGUAGACGACAAGACGGCUAUAAGGAUUGUGGAAGGUGGCACACGCUUCGUAAAUGGUCAUUUUGGAGUCCCUAUACCAUGGAAAGUGCACCCAAAUAUGGGAGGGGGGAAUUAUGAAGUGGCAAACAGUAGACUACAGAGUUUGAAGCGUAGAUUGUUGAAAGAUGACAUUCUGUAUAUCAAGUAUACAAAUGGUAUUGAAAGGCCUCUGACUAGGAGAGGGAUUCUAUUUAUAGUUUCUUCUCUGUUCGAUCCUUUGGGUUUAAUUGCUCCAGUUUGUCUUCCUGCCAAGGUCCUCUUGCAAAAACUAUGUAAGUCCCAAAUAGGCUGGGAUCAGCCUCUCAACGAGCCAUACAAGUUCGCGUGGCUAAAUUGGGUAAAAUUUAUGCGUCAAACAGGUCCCAGAUUUGCAGGACUUCAAAGAUUCGUUGCUCGAGAUGCCGUUCAGAAAGCCCUCGUGGAAUUAGGCUUGUAUAGAGGUGAGAAAGAUAAUCCUGUGGUUGUACCGAUGUGUUCUCGAAGCAAAGAUAUUGUUGAACCAUUGUUGAAACCUCGAUGGUACCUACGUUGUAAGGACAUGGCUAAUGCGGCAAUGAAGGAGGUAUCUGAAGGCCGCUCACGUAUUAUUCAUAGUUUCCAUAUUCGUACAUGGAAUAAUUGGCUUAAAGAUUGUCAGGAUUGGUGUAUUUCUCGACAAUUAUGGUGGGGACAUCAUAUUCCUGCUUAUCAUGUUUCGAUUCGACGUCCUGGCGUAGAUAAUUUAGAAGUUUUAGAUCCUACAGAUCAUAAUUCAUGGGUAGUUGGUCAUACAAUUGAAGAAGCACUUCAAAAGGCCUGUGAUAAUUUCCAUUGUUCACCAGAUAACUUAACUUUAAACCAAGAUAAUGAUGUAUUAGAUACGUGGUUCUCUUCACAAUUAUUUCUAUUAUCUGGAUUUGGUUGGCCUGAACAAAUACCAGAUUUAAAGGCUUAUUAUCCUGGUAGUUUAUUAGAAACUGGGCAUGAUAUUAUAUUUUUCUCGGCUGCACGUAUGGUUAUGAUUGGUUUGAAAUUAAUGGGACAAUUACCAUUUCAUACGGUCUAUUUACAUGCUAUGGUUUGUGAUGCUCAUGGCAAAAAAAUGAGUAAAUCUUUGGGUAAUUCAGUCGAUCCAGUAGAUGUCAUCAAUGGAAUAUCUUUAGAAGGCUUACAAAAACAACUAGAACAAGGGCACACAGGAACGUCCCAAGUAUUGGCUAUAAUUCGAAAAUGGUAUUGGAUAAUGAAGGCAACCAGCACGGUUAAGAGAGUGAUAGGAAAGUGCGUGACAUGCCGGCGGUUUACGAUGAAUACAGGGCAACAGUUGAUGGCGCCGCUUCCAGCUUGUAGAGUUCAACCAGAAUGGUAUAACUUCUCAGCCGUGGGAGUAGACUACUUUGGACCCUUAAUUGUCAAAAGAGGUAGAUCACUAGAAAAAAGAUAUGGAUGUGUAUUUAUCUGCUUGCAAACCCGAGCAGUACAUAUUGAAAUGGCAUAUAGUUUGAAUACUGAUUCGUUUAUAAUGGCACUGUUACGUUUUAUUGGAAGAAGAGGGAAGCCUGCCGAAAUUUACAGUGACAAUGGGUCAAAUUUCGUGGGUGCGGUCUCUGAAUUAAGAAGAUUUGUGCAACAGUUGAAUCAACAGAAAAUAGACAAAGAACUGUCAGCUAGGCAGAUUCAAUGGCAUUUUAACCCGCCCUCAUCCAGCCACAGGGGUGGAGUCUGGGAAAGAAUGAUUAGGUCUGUACGCCGACUGUUAUUGUUGAUAACUAGAGAGCAGACUUUAACCGAUGAGGCCUUAGGCACUUAUUUGAUUGAAAUUGAAAGGAUAUUGAACGAUCGUCCCUUAACUGCGGUCGUCCAAGAUGCUAACGAUAAACUAGCCUUGUCGCCGAAUAGUCUGUUAUUAUUGAGAGAAUGUGAUGGAAUAGUCGAAGAAGGCAGCAUCAGAGAUAAAUACGACAAACGUUGGAAACAGGUUAAUCAUCUUGCUAAUGUGUUUUGGAAAAGAUGGUUGAGAGAGUAUUUGCCGUCCCUACAAAAACGUCAGAAAUGGUUAGUUGAACACCGUAAUUUUCAGAAAGGAGAUGUAGUAAUUGUGGCUUCUGACAUAUCGACCCGUGGAAAGUGGCCCUUAGGAGUAGUUGAAGAUUGUGAAAUAGAUGACGACGGAAGAGUUAGAACGGUAGUUGUUCGUACGAACGGCGGAUUAGUCAGAAGAGAUAUAGUAGAUUAUGUCUCCUUGAAGGGUCGAAUUAAUUUCUCCCAUGUCAAUGUAAGUAGGUCGAAUAGGCGUACUGCUGUAAGUCCUACUCGUUCCUCUAGUGUCAUAUGCUACAUAAUGAACCAUGACCAUAGGCAUCAAGGUAGCUUGUGUGAUAUGGAGGGAUUUUGGGGGCCGGUGUAAGAUCUAUUUUGAAUGCCUCGUGUGUUUGUGAAAAUCCCUCAAUGUAUAUACUUGCACUUUGUUCCUAUUGAUUCCUUUAUUUGUACAUUGUUAGUUUUUUGAUUACGUUUGGAUUGUUAAUAUUUGUAUUUUAUCAUAGUUUUUAUUUUUUAUUACACCUUCAAUAAGUUUUUGUGCUUCCUCCCGAACUGUAUCCAUGUUGUUUUACUUGACACUUGUUCUUGGCGGCAGCCAUAUUGAUUUGCUCCUCCUUUUGUGUGUGAUCUAUCCAGUCAGGAUAGAAUAGAGUUUAUUUGUUGUGACUGGUAAUUUUCCCACAUCUUUUAUCAACUUUAUUUUAUGUAGUUUAGAUUUGAUUGAUUGAACAAUUAUUGGUUGAGUAGCCGGGUGGUAAUAUUUGUUUAGGUAACGAUUUACAUUUAAACUUAUGAUGAAUUAUAGAACCGCUAUUUACCCG